AACGUUGGGACCUAGUUCCCUCUACUCACACCCCCCGGGGCGCUUUGUGUGAGGUUCCAAGGGGGAAGGCGAGAGACCUGGGCUGCCACACACGCACUGUUUGGAAGAGGCGAAGGCACCUAGGGCUGUACCUUCUGCUUUCAUCCAGACCAAGUUCAGAUCAAAUGGGAGCUCUUCAAAGAAAGUGUUUGCAUUGCCUCCCCUGCACAACCCCACCAAAAUGGCUGCUUUGGGACACACGUUCCCCUUCUAUGCUGGCCCCAAGCCAACCUUCCCAAUGGACACCACUUCGGCCACCAUCGUCAUGAUCUUUCUGACUGCACUGGCCACUUUCAUCAUCAUCCUGCCUGGCAUUCGGGGCAAGACGAGGCUGUUUUGGCUGCUGCGGGUGGUGACCAGCUUAUUCAUCGGGGCUGCGAUCCUGGCUGUGAAUUUCAGUUCUGAGUGGUCUGUGGGCCAGGUCAGCACCAACACAUCGUACAAGGCCUUCAGUUCUGAGUGGAUCAGCGCUGAUGUUGGGCUGCAGGUCGGACUGAGUGGAGUCAACAUCACACUCACAGGGACCCCCGUGCAGCAGCUGAAUGAGACCAUCAAUUACAAUGAGGAGUUUGCCUGGCGCCUGGGCCAGAACUAUGCUGAGGAAUAUGCAAAGGCGCUGGAGAAGGGGCUGCCAGACCCUGUGCUGUACCUAGCCGAGAAGUUCACUCCAAGAAGCCCAUGUGGCCUGUACCACCAGUAUCGCCUGGCAGGACACUACGCCUCAGCCAUGCUGUGGGUGGCAUUCCUUUGCUGGCUGCUGGCCAAUGUGAUGCUCUCCAUGCCUGUGCUGGUAUAUGGUGGCCACAUGCUGUUGGCCACAGGCAUCUUCCAGCUGUUGGCUCUGCUCUUCUUCUCCAUGGCCACAUCACUCACCCCACCCUGUCCCUUGCGCCUGGGCGCUUCUGUGCUGCACACUCACCAUGGGCCUGCCUUCUGGAUCACAUUGACCACAGGACUGCUAUGUGUGCUGCUGGGCCUGGCUAUGGUGGUGGCCCACAGGAUGCAGCCUCACAGGCUGAAGGCUUUCUUCAACCAGAGUGUGGAUGAAGACCCCAUGCUGGAGUGGAGUCCUGAAGAAGGUGGACUCCUGAGCCCCCGAUACAGGCCCAUGGCUGACAGUCCAGAGCCCCAGGACAUCCCCCUGUCAGAGGCUUCCUCCACCAAGGCACACUGUGAGGAGGCACACCUCACAGAGCCUGAAUGCGCCCUGUAACACCCCUGCCCCUGGAGGCCGCCUGGACUUCCAUUCUGGCUUCGGACCUCAUUGGAAUCCCAUAAAACCAAUAGAACUGCCCUCAGCGUGGCUGGUACCAGACUCCCAGCACCAAUCUACAGAUGGAGUAGAAAAAGCAGGCUCUACAUACUGCUGUUAAAAAACAACAACAACAGCAAAAAGCCCUCAGGGACUGAAGAGAAGAUGGGCUUGUCCAUAAAGCUUGUUGCCAUGAUAAGACCAAGCAGGGGCUAUCUCCUCUUUGCACAGCAACCCUGCCUUUGCAUGAUGCCUGGCCUCUUCAAGAUGCUAUUCACUGAAACCCUACUUCACCCCCACAACACCAGCAGGGGGGUGGGGGGACAUAUGAUUCUCCUAUGGUUCCCUCUCUUCCCUCCGCACCUCUUGUUUUCCUUUUUCCUGUUGUUCUUCCUUUACUUCCCCAGCUGUGUGACCUCUUGGUACAAUGAAAGACAGCACCAGAAAGGAGAGGAAACUAAACUUCUCAGUCCAGGUCUAACAUUAAUGGACUAUGUCACAUUCUCUGAGCUUCGGUUCCCAAGUUUGCUUAAUAAGAUUGCAGGACUUGCCAAGAA